GGCAGAGGCGCGAGGCCCUCCUCCCGCCUCUCCGCCUACUCCAGCCUCCGCCGCCUCAGCUUCCCGAGCGAGCCCUGCGGCCGCCGGAGCAGCUCCCGCGGCGGAGCAGGAGCCGGAUGGUCAGAGGAGCCCGGCAGCCCCAGCAGCCGCGGAGUCGCCUGGCCCCCAGACUGACUGGCACAGUGGAGAAACCACCUCGAAAACGGAAAAGCAGGACUGAAUUUGCUCUUAAAGAAAUCAUGUCCUCUGGAGGUGCUGAAGAUGAUAUCCCACAGGGAGAGAGGAAAACAGUUACAGAUUUUUGUUAUCUUCUGGAUAAAUCUAAGCAACUAUUCAAUGGGUUAAGGGAUUUGCCGCAGUAUGGACAGAAGCAAUGGCAAUCCUAUUUUGGAAGAACUUUUGAUGUUUACACCAAACUCUGGAAGUUCCAGCAGCAGCAUCGACAAGUCUUGGAUAAUCGAUAUGGCUUGAAGCGGUGGCAAAUAGGGGAAAUUGCUUCCAAAAUUGGGCAGCUAUACUACCAUUAUUACUUACGCACAUCUGAGACCAGCUAUCUGAAUGAGGCUUUCUCCUUCUAUUCUGCAAUCAGACAGAGAUCAUAUUAUUCUCAAGUCAAUAAAGAAGACAGACCUGAGUUGGUAGUUAAGAAGCUACGGUACUAUGCAAGAUUUAUAGUAGUUUGUCUUCUUCUCAACAAAAUGGAUGUUGUGAAGGAUCUGGUAAAGGAAUUGUCAGAUGAAAUUGAAGAUUAUACUCACCGCUUUAAUACUGAAGACCAAGUGGAAUGGAACUUGGUGCUUCAAGAAGUAGCAGCUUUCAUUGAGGCGGACCCUGUAAUGGUAUUGAAUGAUGAUAAUACCAUUGUUAUCACAUCUAAUCGCCUGGCUGAAACAGGAGCCCCAUUGUUGGAACAGGGCAUGAUUGUGGGACAGUUGUCUCUGGCUGAUGCACUCAUUAUUGGUAAUUGUAAUAAUCAGGUUAAGUUCAGUGAACUAACUGUUGACAUGUUCCGGAUGUUGCAAGCCCUGGAAAGGGAGCCAAUGAAUUUAGCUUCCCAGAUGAAUAAACCAGGAAUGCAGGAAUCAGCUGACAAGCCAACCAGACGAGAAAACCCCCACAAGUAUCUGCUUUACAAACCAACCUUCAGCCAACUGUAUACAUUCUUAGCAGCGUCUUUUAAGGAGCUGCCUGCCAAUAGUGUGCUUCUGAUUUACCUGUCAGCCACUGGCGUUUUCCCCACAGGUCGUUCUGAUAGUGAAGGUCCUUAUGAUUUUGGAGGUGUACUUACUAAUAGUAACCGAGAUAUUAUAAAUGGAGAUGCCAUCCAUAAACGAAAUCAAUCCCACAAGGAAAUGCACUGCCUUCAUCCUGGAGAUCUCUAUCCUUUCACCAGGAAGCCUUUGUUUAUCAUUGUGGAUUCAUCCAAUAGUGUUGCAUACAAGAAUUUCACAAACUUGUUUGGACAGCCACUAGUCUGCUUGCUUUCUCCUACAGCAUACCCAAAAGCUUUACAAGAUCAAUCUCAACGGGGUAGCCUCUUCACUCUCUUUUUGAACAAUCCUCUAAUGGCCUUCCUAUUUGUCUCUGGAUUGUCAAGCAUGCGUAGAGGCCUGUGGGAAAAAUGUCAAGAAUAUCUUCGAAAAAUCAACCGUGAUAUUGCCCAGCUACUGACCCAUUCACGUUCAAUAGAUCAGGCAUUUCUCCAGUUUUUUGGAGAUGAAUUUCUUCGCUUACUUCUCACAAGAUUUAUUUUUUGUUCAGCCACCAUGAGGAUGCACAAGAUUUUUCGGGAAACACGAAAUUAUCCAGAAUCAUAUCCACAACUGCCAAGGGAUGAAACAGUAGAGAAUCCUCAUCUCCAGAAGCACAUUUUGGAAUUAGCAUCCAUUCUGGAUGUUCGAAACGUGUUCUUUGAGAAUACCAUAGAUGACUAUUAAAACAAAAAUUCUCUUGAAACAAUUUUUCAUUUUCCACAGAUUUUAAAUGGUGCAGUUUUCUAAUGUGAUAACAGACACAUAGUGGUGUUAUGUAGUUUUUAUUUUUUAAUUUAAGACCACCAUUUUAAAAACAAACUGAAAAAAAUGUUCAAACUUUUAGGGUAACUGUUUUAAAAUGCAAUCUUUCAGGUCUUUUAAAAUCUCAAUUGAUCUUGGAAUUUUUAUUUUUUGAUUUUGAGGUAUAGAUACUUACCUUCAGCAUCUAAUCAUAUAAGGUCAAAUAGUCACCAUUCUCACCGUGAGAGGAGUAAAUUGUUUAUUUUUGUAUAAUGAGGUAAAUCCAACUCUUAUACUUGGAGAUAAGUUGAAUGUCUGGGUUUGGAAAAUAUGUAAUUAUUCAUAAUGAUGAAACUAGCCACCAUGGACUGUUGAAAAUCAAUAACAGAGUCCCUCCAUAAUAUUUCUUUUCAUUCCAAGUUAGUUGGUAGAAAAAUGUGUGAUUCCUUGAGGCAUGAUCAGGACAGAUCUUGAAAUUCUUUUUUAAGUACUGUCAAUUUCAGAAACCAUGUAAGAUUGAUUUGCAUCUGAAAGCUAGAUAUUUAAUUGGGGGCUUAAGAUGGUAAAUAUUACUUGGAAUGUGUGAGUCCUGUGUUUCCAUGAGAUUUGUUUGUGUAUUUUGUUUUCUUUGUAGUCUUCGAAUGAUGGAAA